AUGAAGUCAACCCGUGACUCAACAGAAGACAAUCGUCGAAGUUUGCGUCGACGACUUUGCCACCCGGUCUCGAGUAUCGCUUUGCACAACACCGAAGGCAACAGCACUGUGUCUGGCAGCGACAUUGAGUCCUCGAAUCAAGAUAAGCCCGAAAGCGCUGUAAUAUCGCCAUGUGAGGGACAUCCCGUCUCACUUGCACCGCUUUCGAUGGUUACGGUCGAUAAUAUCCAUGCUACUAUCGCGCAUCAAUCACCUGUCGAAGCAAGUCCUACUGGAAUGAGUCCCCACUUUGGCCUUAACACUCAACAAAGCGCGCGCAAGCUCCGAAGUUCUGGCGAGGUGAUCGAUCGCAAACGUCAGUUCAAAAGGAUGAAAACUGGUACUUCGCAAGCCCAACAAGAUGUCGUCUUCGGCAUGCAUCCAGCCGAUGGCCCCGAGUGGGCAGUUCCUUCACCUGCGCUACGAUCCAAUACUUUCCGAGAAGCAUACGUACAUCAAGAGCUAUCGCCAUCACAGACAAAUGUGAAUCGCGUGCGGACUGAUACUACAUGGUCCGUCCGAAUGUCGACUCGACAUACUACAACAACGACUGGGUGGUCGCCAUCAAGAGCUGACGUCCAAGAACAAGUAUCAGGAUCGAACGUUUCUCGGCAUUCAAAAGCUGCGAGAUCUCGUCAUUCAUCAGCAGUGAACCGCCCGAUCGCAAACGCUACACGAGACAUCACCUUUGCCAUGUUGCAACCGCAUUUCGAGCGGCCUUUGCAACAAGCGGCUGAUAGCUUUGGCGUAUGCACGACACUGCUGAAAAAAAUCUGUCGACGGAACGGUAUCCGCAAUUGGCCGCAUCGAAAGAUCGGUGGGCUGCGCAAGAGCAUUGCGUCCAUGGCCAAGCAAGUGGAGCACUUUGAUGGCGAGCAGAGACGUACGUACGCUAACCAGCUGCAGAAGCUCAAGUGCGAGCUUAGGGCGUACCUUUGCACGGGGAACGAGCCAACACAAGAGUUCUUGCAAACGCUCGAAGUUGAGACUAUAGCAGAUCAGCAACGAGAGGAUGCGGUAGGAGUCAACAGCAAGACGGAAGGUGUACAGGCGAUCCCCCUUUGGUCAACUAGAACGAGCCUCGAAGCACAUCACGAUAGCAGAAGCCUCGAAGCGCAUCGCGACAGCAGUGCUCGGGUCGUUCAUGACCCUAUGCCUCGCCUAUCUCCACGCACAAUGGAUAACAGGGAUCGCACUUGCUUGCAUCCGCAUGGACUAAAGCUACAAGUACCUGUGUGUGAAACGCAUCAGCGAGUACUGCCGUCAAUCGCAUCUAUCCUGCAGCACCAAAGCUACUCCAGCCCAAGCCGUGCAGCCUCAACCCCAAGUCUCGGUACAUUUACAGCCAGUGCUUCGCAGCACUACGAAAGAAAUUCUGACCAACAAGAACCAGAGUGGCGAUACUUUCCACCUGUUCACGACGAUGCCGAGUAG